CGCGAAAACACAGCCCACGAAAGAAGAAGGGGUGGUGGGUUUGAGUGUACUGCCUCGAAAUUCAAUUGCAAAAAAUCAGAGAAAGGGGAAACGAUACGGCGGUGAAUCGGCUGGAGUGCCACAACUUCAAGUAUGGGAAAAGGAAAUCAAUUAUCGUCGGAAGAAGAAGAAGAGUCGUAUAAGUUAAGGAGGUCUACUGCCAACAAGUCGAAAUCGAGGAGGUCCUCGGGUGGUGGUAGCACAACGAAUCCUAGAGCCUCCAAGAAACCUCGACUUUCGGGUGUUUCUAGCUCCACUCACGUUGACAAGAUAAGAUUGUCCUUCGAAGAUUUCGACGAAGCUUUGAGCGGCUUCAAGGCAUCUCCUCCUGUGUUGAAGAAGAAGGCGGGUUUGUGGGUUGACAAAUACAGGCCUCACUCCUUGGAUGAGCUUGCUGUUCACAACAAGAAGGUUGAACAAGUUAAACUUUGGUUUGAGGAAUGUUUGGACUGCUCCAAGGAUGGUCUUAGGAAUAAUGUUUUACUACUCACCGGUCAAGCUGGCGUCGGAAAAUCUGCUACUGUCCAUUUACUUGCCUCUAUCCUUGGCGUCACUGUGUAUGAGUGGAACGCUCCUAUUCCUACUGUCUGGCAAGAACAUGUGCAUAACUCAACUUCUGGACCCAAGUACUCUUCGAAGCUGGAUGAGUUUGAAAACUUCGUUGACACUACUAGAAAAUACGGUGUGAUUGCUUCAUCGACUACUAUGGGAUCAAAACCGCACGUUGUUCUUUUGAUUGAUGACCUUCCUCUAGCCAAUGGGAGGCUUGCAUUUGAAAGGCUGCAAAACUGCUUAAUGCUCUUGGUGAAAUCAACGCAGAUGCCAACUGUGGUAUCUAUCACGGACUAUGUUAAAGCAGACUCUUCUGACCAAACUGCGCGAACUAUGGACGACCUUCAGUCAUCUCUUGAGCGAGCAGGAGCUUUAAAGGUGGCUUUUAAUCCCAUUACGAAGAACUCAAUUAAGAAGACACUUCAGAGAAUAAGCAGAGAAGAGCAUUGUCAGGUUACGACUGCGGAGGUUGAUCAGAUAGCGAGUGCCAGUGGAGGAGACAUCAGACAUGCUAUUACGUCUUUGCAGCUCUUCUCUGUUAAGCCAGAACUGGAUCAUACAAAUGUGAAAUCAACAUGGUCUAGCAUGGGUAACACUUAUCAGCGAAAUGAACAGACAAUGCACAGUGGUUUGGAUAGUGGAUUAUCUUCCUGUUUCGGUAGGGAUGAGACGCUUUCUUUGUUUCACGCCCUGGGAAAAUUUCUCCACAGCAAAAGAGAGACUACUGAUAAUGAUAAUGAUAAUGUUAUUAUAUCAGAUUGCAGUGAUUAUCUUGUGCAUAACCACUUUGCAAGGUUACCACUGAAGAUGGAUGCGCCAGAGAAGGUUCUUAGCCAAGCUCAUGGACAGGCAGACCGGGUUGUAGAUUUUCUUCAUGAGAAUGUGUUAGAUUUCGUGAGUGACGGAGCCAUAGAAGAUGCCUGGUGCGUGUCUUCAUAUUUAGCGGAUGCUGAUCUGCUUCUCGCAGCUUUAAGAGGAAAAAUGAGUGUACAUAACAAAACAGAGGACGUUCUACAAUCAGUCGGUGCCUCGGUGGCUGCUCGUGGUGUGCUGUUUGGAAACAAGCAGCCAUGGUCAUCAAGAUGGCACGUGAUUCGCAAGCCAAAACUCUGGCAAGUGGAACAGUCUUCAGUACAAACCAAGAAAAAUCUGAGAGAGCAGAGGAACAUAGGAUAUGAGGGGUCAAGAAUGGCAGAUAUGUCAGUGAUGGCUACAGAGUACAGUCCUGUACUGAAAUGGCUAAGCUACAGGGCGUCUGCAGAUGUGUUUUCAGAAAUGGAGGAAGAGACGGAUGAGGAUAAGAGUGAAGAUGAUGAAAUACAAGACUGGUGACAUUUACCAUCUUAAGUCUCCUUUUAUGUUUGGUCAAAUGAAAUUGGUAGGAUAGAUCAGGACAAGGGAAAUGGCUAAUUGUUCUGCUUACUUCUAAAUAGGAAAUUGACAGUCACUUCGCUAUCUAACAAUGCGCACAGAAAAGUUUAUCCUUGGCCUGAUCAAGUUCGAGCGAAUUCUUGGUUUGAUCAAAAGCAUAACUUUAAUACUGCAAACCAACAGACGAAGAAAUUAGAAAUAA